UGUCUGUUUACUAUUUAUAUAUACAAUUCAUUUUAGUUAUGAGGAUAGACAGACUGAUCACAACUAUACAGAAGACCUGCGUUGGUUACACUUUUUGUAAUUUAACACACAGAGAACUUAGUCAACUUAGGCUUUCUCAAAAGAUCAAUAAACAGUGGACCUUUUUUUUUCUUUUUUUUUUUUAAAGAGACAAACUAUCAGCAAUGUAUCUGUGAUAUGGAUUUUAUGCCUGCUAGAAUUUUAACUAUUCACAAUUACGCAUUUAUCUUGUUUAUACUUGUUUCAAUUUAUUGAUUUCAGUGAUCAAUUUAAUUGGGAUUUUGUUUCUAUGAUUGAAAGUAUGCGACAUCGUGGUCCUACUGACGAACUUUCACCUAAUGUCUAUUUAGAUAAACAUUGUUCUGAUGCUACAAUGUUAACAAAUGAUUCAACAAAAUCUGAUCAGCAACAAGGAAUAUAUUGUACAACUGUAACUUCAAAGUCAACUGGAUUAUCUCCUGUCUUAACACGUAUACAUCCAUCGAAUGUAUCUAGUUGUUUUUCUCAAUCGAAUCGUGUUCAACGUCAUGAUUUUAAAUCGAAAUAUUCCGGUCAAUUAAAUAAUCUUAAUUCAUCUCAGGAGAUAAAUAAAACUGGAAGAUACAUUAAUCAUCGGAAAAUUCGUAAAAAAUCUAAACGAGAAACAAGAUUUCAAAUGAAUGGAAAUAUGGAUCCAAAUUUUCAUUCUCUUAAAGUGACUAUUAGAAGGACAUAUAAAUCUAAUAAAUUAGAAAAUGGUAUCUGUUCAAUUGUAAAUACACCAAAUGAUGAAAGUAUGAAUCAUGAUGUUUCACAUCAAUCACUCAAUCAUAUUAGUGAUAAUAAUUCAAUAAAACAAUGUGAGACUCAGUUAUAUGAUGAAAAAUUAGACCAGGAUAUGUAUAAACCAGAGCUUUUAUCAGUACUCGAAAAGCCUUGUCAUUUUGUUGAUUCCUCAACUUCUACAGUUGAUAGUGCUACCUUAACUGAACCAGACCUUCUUGGACCUUGUGAACCAGGCACAAAAGUUGUUGUAGAAGGUGUGGUAUGGUUGGAAGCUACAGGGAUGCUUGUUCUUAGUCUUCACUGGCGUGGACGAAACUAUAUGGGCACUUUGUUAGAUUCAUCAAAACAAACAUUUGCACCUACUUGCAUGGAUAAAGGUGUCGCUAGUGCAUUGAAUCUCUUACGUGGUCGAAAAUCUUGGUGUGAUCCACACAGAGGUUAUCAAGCUCGUGGCCUUCAUCAUUUUCACCAUCUGCGUCAUCAUCGUCGUGGCGGCGGCAGUACCACUGGCAUAUCAAUGACUACUCGGUCAGCUUCAGCAGCAGCAGCCGCUGCAUCACAAGACUCAAGAGAGGGGAGUGUAGAUUCGAAAGACCAGUCUGUUGUUAAUGAUCCUUAUUCAACUGAGUGUAUUGACCAACCGUAUGUACCUGUAGAGACAAGUUAUAGCAAGAAGUCUAGCAAUGUUGCAUCACAUGAUAUUCCCCAACGUGGAGCUAAAGGACGUAGACGUCGUGGCACUGGUCGAAGACCAGUUCGCCCUAUUGGUGUAGUCUCUCCAUCUCUUGAAUGUUCUAUGAACACAUCUUUGCCCGAAACUAAACAAACCCUCAACGAUGAUGCAGAUAACCAAGCAAACGUUUUGUCAGAUGUUUCAUCUUCAAAAUCCGAUUGUAAAUUACCACUCAGUUGUCCAUUCAAUGGCUGUGAAAAGCGUUUUGCCGAUAUUCUUAGUAUGCGUUUUCAUUUCACAAUGGGACAUCAUAACAUUCAAACCGUAGAAAUGAAAAAUAGGAGAGAAUCUCUUGCUGAGCCUGUUAUUGAUCAGGUUAGAUGGAUAAAAAGUGAAGAUUUUGAUAAUAAUCUUGAAAUAUCUGUUUGUGAUAUCUCUGCUAAUUCAUCUCCUCCACCGAAACUAGCAAGAGCACAUUGUACCAAAGAUAGAAGUAGUGACAGUAACGAAACAAGUUUAGUUUUAACAAAUGGUGAUGAUAUUGAUGAUAAUAUUGAUCCACCGAAACUACAUCGUGUUGUAUCAAUAUCUGAUUCUUUUUCUAAUGCAAAUCCACUUAUUGAUCCAGGUGACUCAAACUCAUCGAAGUUUGAUAAUAAUCACCAUACAACAGAUGUUCUUGACGAACCUCCUACUGCUAGUCCUGCAUAUUCUGAUAUCUCUGAUGACGGUACUGUAUCAUCUACAACUAAUAAUUUCCCAGUUUUAAACUUGGGAAUGGCAGCAAUUGAUGUUCAGAAUUCCAGAGAAGGAAUAUUGAAUUCUUCAUCAAUUUUAUCAAAUCUUUCUAAUCAACCACCCUUACCUCAAGGAUACAUUGAUGUUUCCAGACGCUUAAAUCUAUCUCCACUUAUAUUGUCUUCAUGUUCUACCGUUACUGGAUCUAGUGAACCGACUAAAUUAUAUUUUCCUGCUAAUUUGUUUUCUCCAACUCUAAAAGGUGUAAGCAAUAUCUUCUAUCAAACUGCAUCUCCAACUAUUAAAUCCAUGGACAAACAGAGUGCAGAAAGUGGAUUAAAACCGAUUAGAAAUAAUAAUUCCCCUACAACUUAUCCUUUUCAGAAAGAAUCGCCUCCCAGAUCCCUGAUAACCAACAAUAACAAUCAUAAUACUAGUUGUAGCAGUAAUCCAUCAGUAUUACAUGAUUUAUCAAGUUCUCAGUCGUCCCCUUCUAAUAGUGCUCCGCUAAUUCCACCAUCAAAUCAUGAUAAUUCCCGACAGCUGACUUUUCUCUCCGUUUCUCCCGGAUUAGUUAUGACUGAGCAAAAUUCACGACCAUCGUCCACAGGAUCAUUUGUAUCAAAUCCUCUUACUUUUUGUGUUUCACGAAAUUCUCCAGUUCCACCACGACCCGUUCUUUGUAUCUAACCUGUUCGAUGUGGUAUCAUAAGAUCACUUGAAACAAGUAUUCCCACCAAUAUUGCCCGAUCACGUUGUCUUAAUGAAAGGUCCAGUUCAACCAUCCCAUCAAAGGUACGGUUGGGAACAUUGUUUAUUUUUAUCAGGCGAGGUGGUGUUUUAGUAUCUGCAUAAAAAUGGGUUAUAGGUUUUUGAUUCGUAUGAAGUGUUUUUCGGUUUGUUCACUUUCCCCCUUAUGACCUGGUUGGUACGGCCGAGAGUGGGUAGAGUUCCAUUCUUUCUCUCAAAGUGCUCUCAUAUGGCCACACCUAUAUAGCCACUGCCAGUGAAUUCCUGCUCACUGCCUUCACGCGUUGGGGUAUUGUUAAGAGGACGGGAAACAAAUGUCUGGCAUUUAAUCCGGGUCGGAGUGUACUGAGGAUCCACCUAGAGAAGUUGGAAAACCCUGAUUCCAAACCAAUGGUGCACAUGGGCUCCAUGAUCCUAAGGGAAUAAAUGGCGUAUGAAGCAGUCGUUGGUCACCGGCUACCAUGGGACUGCAUCUCCUGACGUUACUCCACUGCCUUGUGAAUCAAACCUUAAGGUCAAAGGUUCGGGGAAUGACCCCCCAAGAAAAAAAUCUGCUUCGGUUUGGUCACUUGGACAGUAUUCUAGCUCAUAUAUAAAUUAAAUGAUGAGUGUAGUGCAUAUAUAUUUUGGUGCCCUUUCGUACUAAUGUUUAUAUGUUUCAAUAAAUAAAUAACAUUGUAUCCAUUUAUGGUCAUUAUCAUCAAUCUGAAUUUAAUUCUAUUCUUUUCACACAAUAUAGGUUUAUCCGAUCAAGGAUUACUAUCAUCGCAUAAUAAUCACCAUUCAUUUUAUCAGCAUCAUCAGCCUUCUGCACUGUCUAAAUCUUAUGAAUAAACAAUUAGACACAUGUAUAUGUCUAUUAUUCAAUACAUAAAUGUAUAUUUCAACAUUGUACAAAUGAAUGAGCCAUAUACACAACUUACUACUGGCGUUUACAGUACUUGUGUACGAGGCGAUAGCUUGAUCUUAUCCGAUGGAGAAUCAUUAGAGUUGUUAUUUCUCUAUGUGUAUCUAAUUUCUAUUUUAUUAUUCACCCUAUUUCUCAUCACAUAUUUUUUACUAUCCUGACAAGAAACAACCAAAUCCCAUCAUUAAUCAAUUGAUGAUAGCAAUAUUCUCGUUCUUCCAUUGUCCAUCUUUCUCUUUAAUCUUCAUCCGUACUUUGUUUUUCUCUGUCUCUCUAUGCAUUGAGAAGAAAGAAUGAUAUCCAAUCUCAAGAAAUCAUGUGGUUGUUAUUGUUAUCAUCUCAUUGUCAUGUUCCUUCUCUUUGUUCUUUCUUUUCUUGGAUCUUUGUUUUUCCAUUGUAAUUUUGUUCUGUUUCUCUUCUCUGUAUUCCUGUUCCAAUUGACUACUACUUAUCAAUGCUCGCUCACCAAGGGUCUUUCACACAAAAUCCAAAUUACCAUUAUCCUUAUUUGCUACUAUUUAGUCAAUUUUGAAAUUUCUCCUUACAUAUAUACAAGAUAAAAAACUAUGCAUUAUUAUUACUAUUACUAUUACUAUUAUUAUGAUUAUGAUAUUUGACCUCUGCCUUGCUGACAAUAUAUCUCCAGUUGAAUAACUGUGAAACGCAAGAAUAAAUGGAUACUAUCUUAUGUUUUUGUUGUCUUCAUCAAAAGUCAAACAACACUCUUAAUAGUAACACUCCUUAAAGUUUCCAGUUUAGGAUAUGGUUUAUAUGAUUAUUCAUUGUAGAAGUACCUUGUUAUUUUUAGUAUUGUUGUAAAAGUGCUUUCUCGUUUUUAUGGAUGAAUGAAUGACUUUUUAAAAAAAAAUUGUAUUCCAAUCUUAUCUUUCCCCUUUGUCCAGGGUUAUUUGGAUACUGAAACAAUAUUGAAUCCCGAAGUGAUGGUCACUGUGUUCUCAUUUUUUGUACUAUGUUCCAUUUUUUCUUUCGCUUAAUUUUCUCAUAUUAUACCGCAAGAAUCAUUCAACAACAAUCUUCUUUUACAUGGCUCCGAGUUUUCUUUUAUUUAACGUUUUCUUAUUGACACCACCAUCCUGUGUGCACCCAUGUUUGUAUGUGGGAAGGAAAAGAGAGAGUUUCACUUAAACCACAUACACGGUACA